UUUAGUCUUGUCUCUUCCUGUGUUCAGUGUUGGUUCGUCUUUUGUUGGUGAAUGAGUUCACCGUGGAGUGUUUUGUGUUUCCAAGUGAUUUUUGAUAAGAGCCCUUGAAAUAAAGGUAUUAUCAGUAUUAUCUGCGUUUGGGUCCUGCUCCACUCCUCGUAUCACAUGUGCCAUUGGAUUGAAUGUGUGGAAUAUUCAAGAAAGAAGAAAGCAUACAGACGCAACUUCCCCCUCCUCUUCCUCCCCUUCUCGGAAUCCCUCCUGAGGAGAGCGGAGCGGACAGGCAGCAGAUAGAAAUCACAGCGUGAGUGUGCGUUGAGGCUGAUAGAGUGACCUUCUGGCUUCACCGGUGGGAUUUUUUAUUAUUUCAGCACUUCGCCUGGGUAUCACAAAUAACACAGAGCCGUCAAUAAUAUUUAUUUACAUUUUUCAGCCGAGAAAAGUCCUUUUUCAACAUUUUACGGUGAAAAUGCGCUGCCGUUUCCAAAGAAGAUUCACCCUGUUCAGAAUUCAACAGUCAAAUAAUUGAGCUAGUUUUCUUGGAAUGAUUGGUACCAUGAACCAGAAAGAAUCAUAAACUUAAGCCCUAAUUUGCUGGACCAGGUUGUUUUUAAAUACUAGUCUUUCUAAACAAGGAAAAGAUAGUUUGCUAAAACAUGGGCGACUCCAACCUCAGCCACAUGGUAGCACCUUGUACAGAGAUGCAGGACAAUCUCCUUCAUUACAUGGACAGCUAUGAUAUGGACUAUGGAAUCCCUCCGGAUGAGAUCCCAGACACCACGCAGGGCCAGGCCUUCUUUGUGGCCACCAUUGUUAUUGGAGUGGUGCUUGUCUGCAUCAUGCUUGUCUGUGGGUGCGGGAACUUCAUAUUCAUUGCCACGCUGACACGCUACAAAAAGCUGCGCAACCUCACCAACUUGCUCAUCGCAAACCUUGCCAUCUCAGACUUCAUAGUGGCAGUUGUGUGCUGCCCAUUCCUCUUGGACUACUAUGUGGUGAAAAAGCUCUCCUGGGAUCAUGGAUUACUGCUGUGUGCCUCCGUCAACUAUCUCCGGACAGUGUCACUCUACGUGUCCACAAACGCAUUGCUUGCCAUUGCAAUUGACAGGUACAUGGCGAUAGUCCAUCCUCUGAGGCCUCGUAUGAAGUACCAAACCGCCUACUUCCUCAUCACAGGAGUCUGGAUUGUUCCUAUUGUGAUAUCAAUUCCCUCAGCCUACUUCACCUCUGAGACCAUUUAUCCUCAUGGUGGCAACUCCCCAACAACUCACAAAGUUUUCUGUGCCCAGAUCUGGCCUGUAGACCAACAAAUCUACUACCGCUCUUACUUCCUGUUUGUUUUUGCUGUGGAGUUUGUUGGGCCUGUGAUCAUCAUGGUUAUGUGUUACUACCGAAUUUCCCGCGAGCUCUGGUUCAAGAGUGUUCCAGGUUUCCAGACGGAGCAGAUUAGGAAGAGGUUGCGUUGUCGUCGCAAGACAGUGAUCGUCCUGAUCGGGAUCAUGACGGCGUACAUCCUGUGCUGGGCCCCUUACUAUGCCUUCACCAUAAUACGAGAUUUCCACCCAACACUAAUCUCCCGCCAGAAGAACUCAUUGGUUGCUUUUUAUAUCAUCGAGUGCAUCGCCAUGAGCAACAGCAUGAUCAAUACCUUCUGUUUUGUCAGCGUCAAGAACAACACAGUUAAGUACCUUAAGAAGAUUGUACUGAUGCGCUGGAGGUCCACGUAUGACCCUGGAAAGGCUGUGGAUGAGAUGGAUGUUAGGACUUCCUCCAUGCCUGUUACAGAGGAGAUUGAAUGCAUUCACUUGAGGUGCAGAGAAGAAAUUAUUUAAUCAUAUAUAUUUUUGGCUGUUGAGUUACAGAAAUGUCGAUAGUGAUGAGUUCAUAUUCAACAAUUUUUUUGUGUUUAGAUCACAUUUUGGGAAGAUAUCAAGCACCACAAAUCACAAGGAAAGGUUCAACCUUAUACAUUGAUAAAUGGGGCAACAUAUUCAGCGACUAAGUCAGUAUUAAAUACAGGACUUUUCCUUGAGGUGUUAUGAGAAUAUAAUUAUUGUGUACACUGUGACACUCCAUUAUUGUUAAAAGUUGUAGCAUGUGUAUAAUCUGACAUGUAAGACUUGUAAACUGCUACUGCCAUAACUUAUCUAUGAUGUUUACUAUAAUUGUUAAUUAUUCUUUUCGUAUUGCUUUUAUCUUGUUUUAAAAGAGAUUUGGGUAAGGUCAAUUCACUUAAUACUUAAGAUAUCCUUUCAUUGACCACCAUUGCUUUUGUAUUUCAAGUGUUGUGUGUUUUCUAGGGUCCGAGCUAUGUUUUGAAAAUUCAGGGUUUUUAAAUAAAGAUGUAACUUUGUGGAAUGUAGAACAAUUGAAAAGGUAUUUUGAAUGUCUUCAAGUAAGAUAUAUUUUCUUGGUUAUUUGUCCUUAAAAAAAUAAUGUAUUGCAUGCUUUCUUGGUAAUUUAACAUAUUGUAUGUGCUUAUGGUAAUAAAUAAUGGUACACUGAAAAUAAAAGCUGUUUAAUU